AACUCCACAAAGUGUAAUAAUAUGAUCUAAGAGUGUACAUUUUGAUUGUACCACAUUGAACCCACAGAUGGUAUGAUUGUACCACAGAUUAAGUGAUUGUACUAUCAUACUAUGACGCAAUACAAAUAAUAACACAAGUACACAACCUAAAAUAAAAUUUAAAAAUGUUUUUUAUUAUCUAAUAACAUAACUGAUACCUUUAUACAUAACAACAUACACAACUAUUAACGUGAAUUUGUUAUUUGUUAAGUAGGUAUUAGUUAUUACUUGCCGCAUUAGUUAUUACUUAUUAUAUCGUAUUAUAAGGAACAAUUACCUAAGAAAUACGCCUCAGAAUGGCUAAUCCAAAAGCUUUUCUACAUGAAUGGUGUGCAAAAAAUAAUUUGGAACCACAGUUUGAAAUAAAGCAAGCCGGUUCAAAGUUUAAUCUACGGUUUAUAUGUGAAGUUACUGUUGGUGGACAUAACUAUGUAGGUGUAGGAAAUUCAACUAAUAAAAAAGAUGCUCAAGGAAAUGCAUCAAAAGACUAUCUUUUAUACUUGACAAGGCAGGGAUUGGUCUCUACUGAUUCGUUACCAUCUAAUUGUUUUUCUGGUCCUGCUUCAAAUGAUUCCAUGGUUAACGCAUCCCAAAGAUUAAUGGAUAAUGUGCCACCAAAAUCAGUGUAUCAACAAGGCCAAACUCCAAAUAUGCUCGGUGAAGCUUAUCGACCAAUUGGGAAGACAAAUUUUCAGUUUAAAGAUUUUUUGAAUGACGAAAAUAAAGUUGAAGAGGCAGAAAGUUUAGAUGUAAAUGCUGCUGUGCAUGGUAAUUGGACAAUUGAUAAUGCCAAAUCACGUUUAAAUCAAUAUAUUCAAUCUAAUAAGUUAAAAAACAUUGAUUACAAAUAUAGUUUCAUGGGAAAGGUAGAACCUUUAAUAUUAAACAAAGUAUCUAAUAUACUUCAAGAGUUUAAUAUUGAACCUGUGAUUAAGAAUGAUACUGUCAUUGAACCAGAAACUACAAUUUCAUUAAUUUCUAAUCAAGUACUUGCGGAAUUUAAUGAGACAAAACCAAUUAGAUUAACAGGAGUUAUUCCAUGGUCACCACCUCAACCAAAUUGGAAUCCCUGGUUGGCCAUAAAUAUUGAUGAAGGUCCUUUAGCUACUGCUACUUUAGAUCAAUUAAGUGAAGAACUAGCUAAAGAUUAUGCUAUGAAAUUAAAUUCUUCAGAAGGUUUUAAAGAAAGUAUUGCAAUGCGUAGCCAACUUCCAGUAUUUGCUAAAAAAGAUAAUAUAUUAGAUGUAAUAAGAAAAAACUCGAUAGUUAUUAUUCAAGGUAGUACUGGUUGUGGUAAAACUACUCAGGUUUGUCAAUUUAUACUUGAUGAGUAUCUGAAAAAUGACCAAGGGGCAUACUGUAAUAUAAUUUGUACGCAACCAAGAAAAAUAUCUGCCAUCUCUGUUGCUGAUAGAGUGGCUUUUGAAAGAAAAGAAGAUAUAGGUUUAAGUGUUGGUUAUAGUGUUAGAUUUGAUAGCAUAUUUCCGAGACCUUAUGGGGCAAUUUUGUUUUGUACAGUUGGUGUAUUAUUACGUAAAUUGGAAAAUGGUAUGCGUGGCAUAUCACAUAUAAUUGUUGAUGAAAUACACGAACGUGAUGUAAAUAGUGAUUUCCUCAUGGUUGUACUCAAAGAUAUGGUAUAUAACUAUCCUGACCUAAGAGUUAUUUUUAUGUCGGCCACUAUAAAUACUGAUAUGUUUUCUAAAUACUUUAAUUGUUGUCCAGUCAUUGAUGUAGAAGGGAGAUGCUAUCCUGUGAAAGAAUAUUUUCUUGAAGAUAUUGUUCAAGUGUUAAACUAUCAGCCAACUCCAGAUAUUAGAAAACGUAAGAAUAAAGAUAAAGAAGAAGAAUCUGUCAUUGCAGCACAAGAUCAGGAAGAAAAUUGUAAUUUACUUGUAUCUGAUGACUAUCCUCCUGAUAUUAAAUCUAAAGUGGCCAUGAUUAGUGAAAAAGAUGUUGAUUUUGAAAUUAUUGAAGCAUUAUUAACGCACAUUGAAAUAGAGAUGAAUACACCUGGAGCGGUUCUAAUAUUUUUACCUGGUUGGAAUUUAAUUUUUGCACUCCAAAAAUAUUUAACUCAGAAACAAUUUUUUGCAUCUUCAAAGUUUUGUAUACUACCACUCCAUUCACAAAUUCCGUGUGCAGAUCAACGUAAAGUUUUUGAACCUGUUCCAUCUGGAGUACGAAAGGUGAUUUUAUCUACUAAUAUAGCCGAAACAUCAAUAACUAUUAAUGAUGUAGUAUUUGUAAUUAAUUAUGGCAAAGCAAAGAUAAAAUUAUUUACUACUCAUAAUAAUAUGACUCAUUAUGCAACGGUUUGGGCGUCUAAGACAAACAUGCAGCAAAGAAAAGGUCGAGCGGGCCGUGUUAGAGACGGUUUCUGUUUUCACUUAUGUUCAAAGGCACGUUAUGAUAAAAUGGAUGAUCACAUAACACCAGAAAUUUUCCGUACACCUUUACAUGAAAUAGCUUUAUCUAUUAAAUUGUUACGACUUGGAGAUAUUGGACAAUUUCUUAGCAAAGCUAUUGAACCUCCUCCUAUUGAUGCUGUAAUUGAAGCCCAAGUGAUGCUCAAAGAGAUGAAAUGUCUUGGAAUAAAUGAAGAGUUAACGCCACUUGGUCGUAUUUUAGCAAAAUUACCAAUCGAGCCACAGAUUGGUCGCAUGAUGGUGUUAGGAAAUAUCUUAAUGCUAGGUGACGCUCUAGCUAUAAUAGCUGCUAUCUGUUCAAACAUGACAGAUAUAUUUGUAUUUGAUCAUAGAAUGACACCAGCACAGCGUGCUUUCUCUGGUAACCGUUGUUCUGAUCAUUUGACUGUACUAAAUGCUUUUCAUCAAUGGCAAUCUUUAGUCUAUCGUAAUAUUGAUACAACAGAAUACUGUGAACGUAAAAUGUUGUCACAACCAUCAUUGACUACAACAGCAGAUGUUACGGAACAACUGAAAGAUCUAUUCAUCAAAAUCGGAUUUCCUGAUAUAUGUUUUGAAAGGCAUAGAUUUGAUUUUGGAAAAACUGGAAUGCACGACGAACCAAUAUUAGAUGUAGUAUCUGCCAUUUUAACAAUGGGAUUUUAUCCUAAUGUGUGUUAUCAUAAAGAAAAACGAAAGGUAUACACAACAGAAGGAAAGGCUGCACUUAUUCAUAAAACAUCUGUUAAUUGUAAUAACAUCAUGGCCGGUUCUUUCCAAUCACCAUUCUUUGUAUUUGCAGAGAAGGUACGUACUAGAGCUGUAUCAUGCAAGCAAAUGACCAUGGUAACUCCUAUUCAUCUUCUAUUGUUUGGUGCUCGCAAAAUUGAAUAUACCAAAGAAUUAGUCCAAUUAGAUAACUGGAUAACUUUAAAAAUGGAUGCAAGAGCUGCUUCUGCGAUUGUAGCUUUAAGACCAGCUAUUGAAAGUUUAAUUGUACAUGCAUCUGAAGAACCAGAAUCUAUUGCAACAUUAAGUGAAAGAGAUAUUAAACUAAUAAAUCUUCUAAAAGAACUAUGUAAUUUUAACUGUGGUAGAUACAAUCUUUCUCCAAUAUCGUUUGUUCAAGGUGAUAGAUCAAUCUACAAGAGACAGUUUAACCAAACAUUUAAUGAAAGUGGUGAUACCCCAAAUGCCAAAGUUCAAAAUAUUAAUCAUUCCUACCCUAGUAAUAAUAAUUUUCAAAGAGGUGGUGGAGGAAGUUAUAGUCGAGGAAGAGGUUACCAUGGAAAUUCUUCGUCAUUUCGUGGUGGAUAUAAUCAAAGAGGUUAUUAUGGCGGUGGUCGCUCUGUAAGAGGACAAGGUUUCAGAGGCUAUAGCGGGGAAAGCUUUAAAAGAAGUUUCUGAACCAGAUGGUUGUACAACAGAUGUUUCAUUUAUCUAUGUCAUUAUUAGAAUUUGUCAUUUAUUUCAUUAUGAUAGCGAUUUUAUUAUUUUUUCAAUGGGACAAAUAAUAUAUUCAUCCUUAUUGAGAUUAAAUAAUAAUCUAUUUAUUUAUACAACAAAAACAUAUUAAAAUUAUUUUAUCAUUGAAUUAUACAUUUUAAUGCACAUUAAAGAUAACUAUCACUUUUACUGCCA